AUGACUCAGGCGGAGGCCAGAGGGGCACCCCCCAUGCCAGGGGUGGGGCGCACCCUGGCUCAGGCCAAGCCUCGACCACCAGCGGGCUCCAACAGGAAGAGGGUCCGCCCGAGCCCGACCAGGCAGGACCCGUGGGAGGACGCCAGCUGGAGCCCCCACAGGUGGGGCAGGGCUGCCCCGAGCCCCCGGGGCCCCAGGCCCAGGACCCGGGGUGACAGCAGGGCCCCAGCCAGUCCUGAGAACGCGGCGCGGGAGCGGAGCCGGGUGCGGGCCCUGCGCGGCGCCUUCCUGGCCCUGCAGGCCGCGCUGCCCACAGUGCCGCCCCACACUAAGCUCUCCAGGCUGGACGUGCUGCUGCUGGCCACCAGCUACAUCGCCCACCUCACCCGCACGCUGGGCCACGAGCUGCCCGCCCGCGGCCGGCCGCCUUUCCUGCGAGGCCUCCGCUACCUGCACCCUCUCAAGAAAUGGCCCAUGCGCUCUCGCCUCUAUGCAUGCGGCCUGGACACCACCCCAGCCACCACCUCGGGCCUGAGAACAAAGGAGGCAAAGGCGGGUCCCCAAGGUUCUGUUGAGGCAGGCGCUCUGGUCCCCGCCAGCACCCCCUCACCUGGAGGUGAAUAA